UGAAAAUAUCAAAUUAAUGGAAAAAUCUGAAUCCCUACAUAAAAUCUACACGGAGAUCUACAUCACCAAGGGAGACACCGGAGAGGUCAACAAGGAACAUGAGAACAGACAGAUCGAACGAGCAUCCAGGAAACCAGACAGAUCAGAAACACCCAUCAAACAAGAAGACCUCUUUAAAGGCUCAACUGAAAGAGGUAAACCAAUCAGAGCAGUGAUGACAAAGGGAGUGGCUGGCAUUGGGAAAACAGUCUUAACACAGAAGUUCACUCUGGACUGGGCUGAAGGCAAAGCCAACCAGGACAUCCAGUUCAUAUUUCCAUUCACCUUCAGAGAGCUGAAUGUGGAGAGAGAGAACAAGUACAGCUUGGUGGAACUUGUUCAUCACUUCUUCUCUGAAACCAGAGAUGCAGGAAUCUGCAGGUUUGAUCAGUUCCCGGUUGUGUUCAUCUUUGACGGUCUGGAUGAGUGUCGACCUCCUCUGGACUUCCACAACACUGACAUCCUGACUGAUGUCACAGAGUCCACCUCAGUGAAUGUGCUGCUGACAAACCUCAUCAGGGGGAAGCUGCUCCCCUCUGCUCGCCUCUGGAUAACCACACGACCUGCAGCAGCCAAUCAGAUCCCUCCUGAGUGUGUGGACAUGGUGACAGAGGUCAGAGGGUUCACUGACCCACAGAAGGAGGAGUACUUCAGGAAGAGAUUCAGAGAUCAGGAGCAGGCCCGCACCAUCAUCUCCCACAUCAAGACCUCACGAAGCCUCUACAUCAUGUGCCACAUCCCAGUCUUCUGCUGGAUCUCUGCUUCAGUUCUGGAGGACAUGUUGAAAACUGAGGGAGGAGAGCUGCCCAAGACCCUGACUGAGAUGUACAUCCACUUCCUGGUGAUUCAGUCCAAAGUGAACGUCAAGUAUGAUGAAGAAGUUGAGACAGAUCCACACAGGAGUCCAGAGAGCAGGAAGAUGAAGAUGAUGGAGGCUCUGGGAAAACUGGCUUUUGAGCAGCUGCAGAAAGGCAACCUGAUCUUCUAUAAGUCCAACCUGAGAGAGUGUGGCAUCGAUAUCAGAGCAGCCUCAGUGUACUCAGGAGUGUUCACACAUGUCUUUAGAGAGGUGAGAGGAACGUACACGAACACAGUGUUCUGCUUUGUCCAUCUGAGCGUUCAGGAGUUUCUGGCUGCUCUUCAUGUCCAUCUGACCUUCAUCAACUCUGGAGACAACCUGAUGGCCCCCUGGUGGUCUAAAGUCUUCAGACAAAAACCUAAACAUCUCUACCAGAGUGCUGUGCACAAGGCCUUACAGAGUCCAAACGGACACCUGGACUUGUUCCUCCGCUUCCUCCUGGGUCUUUCAAUGGAGACAAAUCAGACCUUAUUACAGGACCUGCUGACACAGACAGGAAGUAGCUCACAGACCAACCAGGAAACAGUGAAAUACAUCAAGAAAAAGAUAAGAAAAAACCCAUCUCCGGAGAAAAGCAUCAACCUGUUCCACUGUCUGAAUGAACUGAAUGAUCGUUCUCUAGUGGAGGAGAUCCAACAGUCCCUGAGAUCAGGACAUCUUUCCACAGAGGAUCUCUCUCCUGCUCAGUGGUCAGCUCUGGUCUUCAUCUUACUGUCAUCAGAAGAAGAUCUGGAAGAGUUUGACCUGAAGAAAUACUGUGCUUCAGAGGAGGCUCUUCUGAGGCUGCUGCCAGUGGUCAAAGCCUCCAGGAAAGCUCUGUAA